AUGAAUUCAAAGCCGAUGUCAAACGAGCAAAUUGAACGCCGGGCUAAAUAUAUAGCGGCCAUAAAUGUCAACAAUUAUUAUAUUGAGCACCAUGGUCAUAUACUGCCAAAUAAGCCCAGUAUUAUUGAAUGGCACCAAACAGUAAAGGACACCACUAUUAGGCCGACAGACAUAUGGAUCAGCGGUUACAUGAAGUCAGGCAACACUUGGCUCUCGGAGAUAGUGUCCCUAAUAAUGGCCGACGGAGUGGUCGACAGAGUGUCCAAUCGGUCCAUAUCUGAAAGGGUGCCCAACAUUAUGCUCGCGGUUCACGUCGAUUGCAAUUACAGUUGGUUUGAAGGGUUGACUGAUCCCAGAAUUACUGUUAAUCAUUUGUCGACCAAAUAUUUACCACGAUUUGAGGGCAAAGAGGGAAAAAUGAUAUACAUAAUGCGUAAUCCAAAGGACGUGUGCGUCUCGUUAUACCACUUCCACCAUAUGAUGAUUGCGUCCAUAGAUUGGCACGACUUCUGCCAACUCUUUCUGAACGGCGACACCAUUGGCGGCGAUUGGUUGUCACACGUGACCGACUUCUGGCUCGCGUACAGCACUGGGAAUCACCCGAACGUACUGUUCGUGGCGUACGAGGAGUUGAUCGCCGACUCGGCGGCAAUGAUCGCCACAAUCGGCCGCUUUCUCGGCAAACACAUGACCGGCGAAACGGUGGCCAAUAUCGCGACCCACUGUUCGCUGAGCGAAAUGCGCGACAAUCCGGCGGCCAAUAUGUCGGAUGUGAUGACCCGUUACGGCAAACCCGGCGCACAGUUCGUACGGAAGGGCACUAUUGGCGACUGGAGGCGACACAUGACGGACGCGGAGUCGGCGCUGUUUGACGAGCGGUACGGCCAACGGUUGCAGGCGUUAGGGCUCCCGGUUUGUGAUGAUUUGGCCGCUGCCGAGCGCUGUAUGCGCGCCGCAACCGGACGUAUCAUUAAUCAUGUUUAA